AUGGCGGACUCCGAAACCAAGCCAGCUGUGGUCUGUGUAUUCUGCGGCUCCGUACCCGGCAACAGCCCCAUCCACAUGGAAGCCGCGCGAGCCCUCGCCGAAGAAUUCCACAAGAACAACGUGCAACUCGUCUACGGCGGCGGCACAACCGGCCUAAUGGGCGAAGUCGCCCGCGUGCUGGUCUCGCUCUCCGGCCCGAAAUCCGUCCACGGCAUCAUCCCCCGCGCGCUGAUCAAAGUCGCUACCGUCAGCGGCAUGCGCGAGCACAUAGAGGGCCAGGCCGGUGCCGGUGCCGGCAAAGCUGCUGAGCGGGUCAUUGAUCCAACUGAUGCGGAAGGGAUCCCCGAGUCCGAGUACGGUGUUACCACUAUUGUGCCGGAUAUGCAUACGCGUAAGCGUCUGAUGGCGACGAAGGUGCUCGAGGGUGGGCCUGGGUCUGGGUUUGUUUCCUUGGCUGGUGGAUUCGGGACUAUUGAGGAGGUGAUGGAGAUGACGACGUGGAAUCAGUUGGGCAUUCAUAAGGUGGCUGUUGUGUUGUUGAAUAUCAAUGGAUAUUGGGACGGGUUGUUGGCUUGGGUGCGCAAUGCGGUGAAGGAGGGAUACAUCAGUGCUGAUAAUGGGGAGAUCUUGGCGGAAGCUAAAGAAGUGUCGGAGGUCUGGCCGAAGUUACUGGCUUAUCGGGUGAGCAGCGGGCGGAUGCAGUUGAACUGGGGACAGGAGUGA